CGGCGUGAGAUCGUUUGCUAGCGCAGCACGGUGGUUUCGCCUGGCUUGUGUGAUCCGACUCCGAGAGAGCAUUCCUGGCAACGUUUGCGAGCGAGAUAGAAACAAGCAGUCGACUAUAUUGUUCAAUCAAUGUUUCUCCUAGGAUUGGGGAUUUCUAAAGGGAUAUAAGUUCGUCGAAAGUGCGAGAACGUCGAUAGGCAGCAGAGCGGUGAUAAACUUCCCCUGUCCCCGCCUCACUGAUCCCCUGAUCCCCUGUGAGUCAACACACACACGGACCACGCCCGAUUCACCCGCACAGCUGACGCCUGGAGGAGAUCUGCCCAGAGCCUGAGAGAAGAGAGACAGCCUACUGUGUGACUGGGCAUAUGACAAGCAGUGUCUCACCCUCCCAGUGAAAGCGAUGUGUGUGGGAGGUGGAGGCCACAGCAUCAGCAGAGUGUGUGUGGGGAUCCUCUCCCACUCCCCUACCCCCCACCCUGGCCCGGGAUGCCAGCCCACUACCCCCCUGCCUUCUGUCCUGCCCUGAGCUCUCCUGGGGCGCCAUGAACACCUACAGAGAUAGAGGGGUCACCUGCACCUCCUCAGACCUGCUAGAGAGGAGUGGAGGGGGAGGGCCUGGGUCCCUCACACAACAUGCCGCCUUCCACCUCACCCUCAACGGCCAUCCUGCCCCCUCCUCUGACCCAGCCACCCAAUCCCGUGUCUCCGUUCCCAAGAUGGGCGUCCGCGCCCGUAUUGCUGAGUGGCCGCCGCGCCAUGCGCAAUCGAGGGAGUCGCUCCUGGAGAACGGGCAAGGCGGUAAUCACCAUGGAGACGACCCCUCCACGACGAUCUCCUCCGCAUCUUUCCCCAUCUCCGAGGUCGGGCUGGUGCGGGGAGGAGUGGCUCGUUUACCGAGGCGACGCACGAAGGACGUGGAGUUCCGUGGUGGGUACGGGGGUGGAACAGGGUCUCCCGCAGGCCUGCGUGCCUUCCCCCCGUUACGGCAGCGCUCCAACAGCGAGGUGACUCUGAGCGAGCAGGACGAGAACGAGGUGGAAGGCCGUGGAGGUGCUAAUCUGUUCCGGGAGUACGGCAGCACCUCCUCCAUCGACGUGCAGGGCAUCCCCGAGCAGAGCUUCUUUGACAUGCUCAGCCAAUUUCACCAGGAGAGGCCCGACCAGCGCAGCACUGCCCCCGUACACCUGGGGGAGCUACUGUACACCAACUCCCCUCCCUCGGCACCCCUCCCCACGGGCCACUCCCCCACCCCCACACCCCGGGGGGAGGAUGGAGGGAUGGGACGGUUGGAGAACAGGGUGAGGAAGAAGAGUGGGGGGACAGACUCGUCUCUGGGGACAUCCUCUCUGUUCCGGAAGCUCCGCAGCUCCAGCAGAGGGGAGCUGGACAGAGGGGAGGCGGGGGAGGACGGGGGAGGCCGUAACUCUACAGAUACCCCCUACAAACCCUGGGUGUGCCCCAAGAGCUUUGUCCACUACGACGCCCAGAGCAUCCUGUUUGACCUCCAUGAGGCUGCUGCUCAGCGCGCGUAUGUAUCCCAGCGGAGGAACACUGCCACUGGGGCAUCGGCGGCCUCCGUCUCCCUGGCUGUUUCACGGUCCUCAACUCUGAGUGGGUUGGACGCCACGUACUCUAGCGUUGAGGACCUGACGCUAGGCCUCGACCCCAGCGCGCCCACCCCCUCCCUGGGCGUGGACCCUCUGGACGGCCCCCCCGGAGGCCCCACCUCCAGUUUGCUCCUCCUCAGCUGCCCCCACUUCCGCAACGAGACGGGGGGACACGGGGAGCGCAACGUCAGCUUCCUGAGCUCCUCGGCCGAGCGGGGAGGGGAGGGGGGAGCGGGUGACAUGGCGAGGGGCAGCCUUCGGCGUAGCAACGCCAGUGUGUCGGUGGUGGAGGUGCCCAUAGAGCAGCAAGUCACCAGAAUGGACAGGCUGAAACUCUAUAGCAUCGAGCACGUGGACCUGGGGGCGCGCUACUACCGAGACUACUUCCACGGGAAAGAGCACUCUAACUACUUUGGGACGGACGAGAAGCUGGGUCCGGUGGCUGUGAGUAUCCGCAGGGAGAAACUGGACGACACUAAAGACCUGAAGGACCAGUACCAGUACCGCAUCAUCGCCAGAACCAGUGAGCUGGUGACGUUGCGGGGGUCCAUCCUGGAGGAUGCGGUGGCCUCCACAGGGAGGCACGGCACGGUGCGGGGUCUCCCCCUGAAGGAGGUGCUGGAGCAGGUGGUCCCAGAGCUCAGUGUGUCCUGCCUGCGCCUGGCUCUCAGCACGCCCAAGGUCACCGAGCAGCUCCUCAAACUGGACGAACAGGGGCUGAGUCAGAAGCACAAGGUGGGAGUGCUGCUGUGUCGGGCGGGGCAGAGCACCGAAGAGGAGAUGUAUAACAACGAAGAAGCCACGCCCGCCUUCUCGGCCUUCACGGACCUGCUAGGGGAGCAGGUGUGCCUCCGAGGCUUCGCCAACUACGCCGCCCAGCUGGACACUAAGACUGACUCAACGGGAACCCACUCCCUGUACACCACCUACCAGGGCUAUGAGGUCAUGUUCCACGUGUCCACCAUGCUGCCCUACAUGCCCAACAACCCACAGCAGCUCCUGAGGAAGAGGCACAUAGGGAACGACAUCGUCACAAUAAUCUUCCAGGAGCCGGGAGCGCUGCCCUUCACCCCUCAGAACAUCCGCUCCCACUUCCAGCACGUGUUCAUCAUCGUCCGCGUGCACAACCCCUGCUCCGAUGGCACCUGCUACAGUGUGGCUGUGACACGUAUGAAGGACGUGCCUCCCUUCGGCCCGCCCAUCCCCAGCGGGGUGACGUUCCGUGACCCUGAAGCCUUCCGCAACUUCCUCUUGGCCAAGGUGAUCAAUGCAGAGAGCGCCGCGCACAAGUCUGAGAAGUUCCACACCAUGGCCACGCGCACGCGACAGGAGUACCUCAGAGACUUAGCCGAGAACUGUGUGAGCAGUACGCCGCUCGACUCCGCGGGCAAACUCAACAACCUCAUCUCGCUGGCGUCGAAGAAGAGAGAGCGGGCGCGGGCGAGGGAGGGGGCAGAGUUAAGAGCGGCCGGAGCGGUGGCGUGGAGGGUGCUGGCCCAGGACUUCAGUGGCGGCGGGACGGAGAUCUCCUGCGCUCUGGGUGUGUCGGCAGAGUACAUCCUCCUGGCAGACUGCAACACCAAGGAAGUGGUGUUCAACUGCUUCUGCGUCGACGUGAUCGGCUGGACGCCGGAGAGGUUGGUGCUGAAGAUCUUCUACGGGAGAGGAGACCACAUCGCCGUCAGAGUGCCCGAGGGCUUUGCUCAGGACAUCAGGGAGGUGGUGCAGAGGUUAAAGGCGCUGACGGUGGGCUGUGAGACGGUGGAUAUGACUCUGAGGAGGAACGGCCUGGGACAGCUGGGGUUCCACGUCAGGCUGGAUGGCACCGUGGCUGAGGUGGAGGAGUACGGCUUCGCCUGGCAGGCAGGGCUAAGGCAGGGCAGCCGGUUGGUGGAGAUCUGCAAGGUUGCCGCGGUAACCCUGACACACGAGCAGAUGAUCGACCUACUGAGGACGUCUGUCACCGUUAAAGUGGUGAUCAUACCGCCCUACGAGGAGGGAGGGCCCCGCAGGGGCUGCACAGAGGAGUAUGAGAUGAAGACCAUGGAGCAGAAGCCAGAGCCUGAGCCUGUGGCAGCAGGGUACCGGCCCUCCCCUCGCCCCCCUGAUUGGCGCUGGGACAGCACCGCCUGCCCUCCUGGCCUGCACAGCGCCACCACCCCUCAGCGCUGGACCCCUAUGGGCCCCCCACCACCCCAACCCCGCUCACACAAAGCCAUGGUCAUGCCCGUCCCAUACAGGGAGCCCCAGCACCUCUCCAACAAGAGGCCGGUGAGUUUCCCUGAGAACCACUACUGCCUGUCGCCAGCGGGGGGCGACAGAGUGCUGCCCUACAGGAACCCCUCAGCCAGCUUCUCCUCCCCCUCUGGCCUGGGGGGCAUGGUGGUCCUGGGCGGCCCCGUACUCAGUGGGACCUUCAUACGCUACAAACCCUCACCUGACAGGUACGGUUCAGCCCAGCGUCCCCUGCUGGCCUACGAACCUCAUCUCAGUCUGGACAUCACCUCUAGUGGAGAGUCCUCCUCGGGCUUCACCAGCCAGGACAGCACUAUGGAGCGCUGCAAGACAGAGCCCCUAUGGCAUGUCCCAGCGUCAUCGUCUCGGGGGCCAGGAGGAGGAGGGGAGCAGAGGAGACCCACCCGACAGGACGUCCCAGGGAAAGACUCCCCCAACAGACACUCAAAGGGUGAGACCCAGUACUCCAGCCACUCCAGCAGUAACACACUCUCCAGUAACGCGUCCAGCAGCCACAGUGACGAGCGCUGGUUCGACGGGGCCGGGGGGGAGAGAGGAGGCCCGGGGGGGUCCGGGGGUUGCCUGGCUGAACCUGACCCCGACCCCCUCAGUAAGGGCGGAUCCAGCGACAGCGGCAUCGAUGCCCCCACCCUCUACAACACCAAGCCCGGCGGUCGCCACGGAAACCAGUCCAGCCAAUCACAGAAGCCCCUGCACUGUUCGGCGGCCUAUAAUAGCGGGCUGCAGGACGUCUCUGGGGUGAGGGGCGACGGAGUCGAGGAGCGGAGACUAGAGUCGUCACCUGUAUUACCUGCCAAUCAGAACAAAGGAUACCGCACGCGUACCUUCCCUCCUCCUGGAUCUAACGUGGAGAAGCCAGACUCAUUUAAACCCAGGGCCUGCUAUACACCCCAGGGUUACAAGACCCCUGCAGCAGAGAAAUCACGGCCGGUUCGAGCCGCCACAGUCACGCCUAACUCUGCUCUAAUCAGCUCCACCCCUCUCUCCAGCUCCGCCCCCAAGGCCUUAUACAGCAAGAGCAGACUGGGCGGCUGGCAACCAGACGACAACGCCCCCUCCCGUUCAAACACACCCACUACCUACAGCUCUGACAGUAACAGCAGCAAGAAACAGGUGGAAGUGAAUUCUAAGAACGUGUUCGGACAGCCCCGUCUUCGAGCAUCGCUAAGGGACCUGCGGUCUCCACGGAGAUCCCACAAGAGCACCGUCGAGGACGACCUGAAGAAACUCAUCAUCAUGGACAACCCUGGAGAGAUGCCACAAAGAGACACGUCUCCUCGACACACUCUUCAGCGCACGUUCUCAGACGAGUCUCUGUGCAGCGGGCGCAGGGAUGCCAGUUAUGCCAACUCUGCCCCCCUGUUUGACCAGGGCACUCCCAGCGAUCUGCUGUUCACCUGCACCCUGCCCACCCGGCGCCAUGCACACUCUGCCAACCACAUGCCCAACAAGAAGGUCCCUCUGUCUGCGUCGGAGCUGUCUCUGACAGAGGUGAGGGAUAAGGUUCCCCCGCUGAGGAGGCUGGACCCGGGGCUCAUGCCCCUGCCUGACACUGCCUGUGGCCUGGAGUGGGCCAGCCUGGUCAACGCUGCCAAGGCCUACGAGGGUGAGUUGCAAAGGGCAGUGUCGCUCUUCUCGCUCAGUGAGCCUUCAGACAUGCGGCCGAUCAACAGUCCAAUCCAGUUCCAAACACCUCAGACUCCACGCACUACCCCCACCUUCAGCGGGGAUGAGGUACCCAACGCCCUCUCGGGGCGGCUGUACAGCCUAGAGGUGAUGCUGAAGCGGCUCAACACUGACCUGGAGAAGGAGAAGAAGGACAAAGUGCACCUGUUGGCUGAGAUGGCUAACCUGCGGCAGAAUAACCAGCGGCUGCAGGAAGAGAGCCACUCGGCCAGCGAGCAGCUCCGCAAGUUCAGCAUGCUCUUCACCGACACCCCGCAGAGGAAGUGAGCUCACACCGGACACAGGAAGUGACCUCGGAGAGGGCGUGCACAAGCAUUCGCAAAGAGGACGUGUGACCUAAGCCAGAGAACGAUGGAGGGGGGGGGGGGUAGAGGUUAGGAUUAACGUGAUUUAGUGGAAACGCGGCCACAGCGAGUUUCAUGCUGUUGGGAUUGAGUGGGGAAUAGAUUUGUUAGUGAGUCUGGUUAGGUACUGUGGAAUACAUGGGCAGUAGAAAAUAGAACGAAUGCAAGUAAGUUAGGGUGUAACAUUAUGUACAAGAAAAUGUGUAGCUUUUAAGCAUAAGAGAGGGAAAGAACCCCCAGACCCCCCCCCUACAUUCUUACGUUCUAUCUUUCACCUGCUGCUUCUGUCACAUUCCAACCACACUAUCUCCCUCCGGCCUCCCCUAGAGGGGUGGGGUGGUAGGGGAGAAGAGGAGCACUACCCCUCCACCACUCUGACCUGCUUUUGGGGAGAGAGACCUGCCGUUACGCCCGCCACCCUCUCUGUGGUGCACCUCCUACCCCAGAAUCCCUGCCUCGCUCUGGGCUGGACGGACACAGGGGCUACAGAGAACCAAUGGAUCCCCCUUGGCUCAUCUGAAACCGAAUUGCCUAGACAGAAGAGCCUGCAAGUAGACACGCCUAUAUUUUUAAAACUCCAACACUGCACAAGCCGACUCCCGCAGGCUGUGCACCCAGAGUGAAUCCCUCUCUGUCCCUGCUUGUAGGUUUUUAUUUUUUGUAACUGAGGUCUUACACACUCCUGCGUCAGAGCAGAGCCAAUAAAGAGGAGAGAUUUUAUUGAACUGUAGAACACAAAGAUCACACGGUGAGGCCUAAUACUGUUCCUGAAGCGAAUCAGCCAAAAAAAUAUAAAAAAAAGACUCCAACUCCCAGAAUGCUCUGGGAGACGUGUGUUAUAAAAGAAAUGGUACUGUAGUUUUGCCUGUGUGAUUCAACAUAUACCUUGAACACAUGUCUAUUGUACUGAUAUAACUGACUUAAAGAGGUGGGUGUGUAACUCGUGAAGGUGUGUAGGGUACAGCAAAUACUCCCACAAUGCAUUAUCGCACAAAAUAGAGAGCUCUGGCGAUGUUAUUUUUUACCCUUCGUUGAGUGUGUGAUAGGCUGACACAGGGCAUUUCAGUUACGAGCAAGCUGUAAUAUGACAAGUUACGCCAGUGAUAUGUCCAUUUUUGGUUAACAAUCCAUUUUAAAGGUAUUUACAAAUAUCUUAAGCAGUAUGUUUUACAAUUUGUAGAAUUAGCAUAUUUCGUGGUUUUUGUUUUGGGUACCAACUGCUAGUACACACCUGUGUGCAUUUAGAAAAGAGACGUAGAAAUGAUCUCUUAAACACUGUGUGUGUGUGUGUGUGUGUGUGUGUGUGUGUGUGUGUGUGUGUGUGUGUGUGUGUGUGUGCGCUAGAAUGAAGGGGUAUUAUACAUUCAUUUAGCUAACAGACAGUCCUAGUGUCUGCAGAAUCAAACUCAACAAUUUAUACACAACUGUGAGACCUUGCUAAAUGACUUAAAACGUAAGUAACUUAGCUUGGGGUGGUGGGUCUGUGUGAAAUUUGUGGCCAUUUUGUAAAAAUGUCCAUCUGAAAGGAAUACACUAAAAUAAAUCAACACAAAUACACUAUAUUCUCACUAGCUUGGUUAUAUUCUUUACAGAAAGUAUUUUUCUUAUAGAUUUGUGUCUUGGUGUCCAUUGUUUGUUAUGAAUGUGGGAUAAAUGGAGGGGAGCAUGGAGCUGGAAAAACCAAUGGUGGGGGUUCCAAUUCUCGUUUGGGCCACAUCCAUUCACAAAAAUGAUAAAGGAGCAUAUUACUAUUUUCGUUCCAGUAAACGUAAGCCCCUAGCACAGUUAAGUACCAUUUCAUCAUGGACCCCCUUUUCAGGAACCUUCUGCCCUGCCUCAACUGGAAUCCUUUCUUCCCCUCACUACUCUCAGGACCUUUCAGACACCCCCUUUAAAAACUACUAUGUAUUUAUUGUUUUGUGUGUGUGUACCUGAACGGUGUAAACCCUUUUGUGGUUGGAUCAGUGGACAUUCACACGCAUGUAGCACACAAACAUACAAAACACACUACUCAACACUGCCCCCCCCCCCACUCUUUCAAAAACAUCUGUACAUUAUUGAGAGACAUUCCAUUUAGAUAAGAGCAACAUAUAUACAGACAUCUCUGUCUCCAUUUCUCUUCAUCUCACCAUCUCUGGUAUUUGCUCAUUACUGCCCAUCCAACGACGCUGUUGUAGUCUGCCUCCCUGUGUCCUGUAAGCUGCCCAUCCUCCUCCAGCCAGUUAAAUCAUCUCAUCUUGAGCAACUGAAACAACCCUACACACUCAUGUUAUCACUGAAGCUCAGCAAAUGUGCUGUGAUGUUAUCUUCAAUGUCUUAAUCUUUAUUUUGUUUAUUUGUGUGUGUGGAGGGGUACGGGUGUUUUUAAGGAUUUAGUUUUGAUAUAUUUGAUUUUAAGCAAACUGCAGUUAUACAUGUUGAACAUUGCUCGGUGCGUUAAUGUUGCACGUGCACAAAUCAGAAAUGGUAAUACCGAAACUUGGUAAAUUGAUCAAUUAUAUGAUUUUUUUUUUUUUUUGUUUUUAGAUGUUUAAUAUUUGUAUAAUUUAUUUUUGGCCACUUUUGCAACAUGAAAAAGACGACAUAGUGAAAUGAAGAGGGUACUGUGUUUUUAUUUCUAUGUAUGCUGUUUGACUUUAAAUCUUUGUUCAAGGCUGAUUUCUAUGAUGCUGUAUUGUUUUUCUGAUUUAAAUUGAUCUUCUUUGUUGGUGCGUUCUGCAUGAGGCAGGCUGGGGUGCUUUAUGCAUCGACAAAGCUGACGGUUGAACAUUGUUUUUCUGGGGGAUGUUGUAUCAAUGACUGUACAUUUAAAAGUGUAAAUUUGUUUUCAAUGUUUUAUAAGAACAUAUAUAAAAAAUCUUUCAUAAUGA